AAGAGUCCGUGUGUUUGAGGCUGGACUGCGGAGGAGCGAGCUGCGGAGGAGGCGCACUGACUCCGACAGAACAAGUGGAUGGAAAGAGCACAGUGCAAUGGAGAAAGUGAAGCACGGUGCAGAGAGCGGUGCCCUGUGAGCUGAAGAAGAGGAAGACGAGAAGCGAUGCUUGCACGAGACAACGAGGAAUGAGCAGUAGGAUAAGGCGUUUUGAGGAAGUGUUGAGAUUAUUGCCCAGAAUGGUACGGAUUUGCUCCACUCCAAAUGUCGCCAAGAUGACAUAGCACUUGAGAAAAAUGGGAUUCCUGCAAGAACAGAACUCACUCACGACCUGAAUGAAAAGAGACGAGGGAUUCGACUCACAUCGGAAUUUAGUUUUGUGUUUUGUUCUUUUUUCUCUUGUACUUGACAAACCUCGGGUGUGAGUGAAAUAUGAAUCUGGGCGAAGCGCUUCUGUUUUUCCUCCUCUCCAACUGUGUGACAAUGACUCUGUCGCUGUCCACGUGCACCACCGUGGACAUUGACCACAUCAAGAAGAAGAGAGUGGAGGCGGUGCGCGGACAGAUCCUCAGUAAGCUCCGGCUGACCAGUCCGCCCUCAACCACAGGUCCGAGCCAGGUACCGUUUCAGGUCCUGGCCCUGUAUAACAGCACCAAGGAGCUCAUUGAGGAGCUGGGCAGAGACAGGCACCAGAGUUGUGGACAGGAUAAUACGGAGACCGAGUACUAUGCCAAAGAGAUUUACAAGUUCAACAUGAUCACGGGGCCAGAAAACAAUGACCUCUCCUUCUGCACCAAGGUCACCACCUCCAAGGUAUUCCGCUUCAAUGUCUCGACCAUGGAGAAGAACUCCACCAACUUGUUUCGGGCUGAGUUUCGAGCCCUGCGGAUCCCCAACUCCUCCGCCAAGAAAAACGAGCAGAGGAUUGAGCUCUACCAGAUCCUCAAGAAAGAUGACCCCAAAGCCAAACAGCGCUACAUUGGGGGCAAGAACGUCCUGACCAAGGGGACGGCUGAAUGGGUGUCCUUUGACGUUACCGAGACAGUGAGGGAGUGGCUAAUGUAUCGACAGACCAAUCACGGCCUGGAGAUCAGUGUGCAUUGUCCGUGCCAUACUUUCAGGCCCAACGGUGACAUUGUCGAGAACGCCAACGAGGUGCUGGAGGUCAAGUUCAAAGGUAUUGAGGUUGACGACCAGAGCCGUCCGGUUAGAUCAAAGGAGCCGUUCCACCCUCACCUCAUCCUCAUGAUGCUCCCGCCCCACAGGCUGGACGCCCAGUCCUCAUCCCGCAGGCGCAAGCGGGCACUUGACACCAAUUACUGCUUCAACAAUUAUGAGGAGAACUGCUGCGUGCGACAGCUAUAUAUUAAUUUCCGGCAGGAUUUGGGCUGGAGGUGGAUCCAUCAGCCCGAAGGGUACUUUGCCAACUUCUGCUCUGGUCCCUGUCCUUACCUACGCAGUGCGGACACCACCCACAGCUCGCUGCUGAGCCUCUACAACACCUUGAACCCUGAAGCGUCCGCCUCCCCCUGCUGUGUUCCUCAGGACCUGGAGCCCCUCACCAUCCUCUACUACGUGGGACGCUCCCCUAAAGUCGAGCAGCUCUCCAACAUGGUGGUCAAGUCCUGCAAGUGCAGCUAAACAUCAGAGCUUCAGGGCCUGUCGAGAGCCAAGGGACGUGACGGCUCCCAGCACUACUCAGGAGCAGGUAUGAGGGGUUAGAGGGGGGCAGCACGUGCUCCAUGAGCGCCUCUUCCCUCUGCUUCAGCUUUUGCCCUGAGCCCUUUCACGAAAAAACAAAGACGCAGUCCGCCAGUCUGCUCGCAAUCAUUGGCAGCAUUUACCUAAAAGACUUCGUCAAACACCACUUCACUAACAGCGCUCUCCAACCCAUCAGACCUCUUAUUGACCUUCAACAAUCGCCUUUCGACAUCAGCGUUUCUCAUGUUUUUUCUUUUCCUUUUUUUCGUAUUCCAGCAUUUUGAACAGCCUUUACCUCAGUGUUACGUGACAUUCACAACCAACAACAGAGGAACAGUAAUUGAUUCUGCAUUCUCAAGGACAUCAAAUAAUAGCAGUAGAAAAAAAAUGACUGAGAAUGCAGACUGAACUCAACACGACGGGAGCAAGUCAAAGAGGGUAAAAUAAAAAAAUCAAAUAACGAUGGCUGGCUGAGAGCAAACAGAUCCCUGGGCCCUGACUCACAGGACAACUUCGAAUGUCCAAGCUGGAAACUGACGCGGAUGCAAGCCACAUCUCCCGACACUGUUCAUUUAGGAUUAAAUGCUGUUCAAUGAAAAUGAUCUUUGGGGGUAAAAUAAUUAAUAAAAAUACAUGCUGGAAACCAACCUUUAUUUCAAAGUACUUUUUCCACGGUUAUGUUUACCUCUGUAAUGCAACAGGAUGGAGAUUCCAGGGAUUGUUUUGUUUUUAAGUGAAGCCUUUCUGUUGUAUGAGACAAUGUACGUCACUAAGUGAACACCUAACUAAAUCACAAAUUGUAAAUGUUUUUCUUAUUACUCUUGGAAACACUUUUUUUUUAUUAAAAAUGAACAGUUGGAUAGAA